AUGACCACGACGGCCAGUGCACCAGCUCCAGCUGCCAGGCUCCCUCAGUUCCAGGUCGGAGUCGACUAUUGGGCCAAGACCGAGGCCACCGUGAAUGGCGUACUGGGUGGAUAUGGACCGUGAGUCAUGGCUCCUACAGCGCAUGCGUGGUGCUCAACUCUUCAGCUAGCUCAUCCCUGUCAUCCUCGCCGAAACGACCGACCACCACUCGAGAUCAGAGCCACAGCCGUUCCUCGAUUGGACGCCACUGCAUCUCGCAUGCUCAUCCUCUCCAUCAUGCCCCACCUUUCGACCGUCACGCCCCCACACCGCGCUUCGAUCAGCGCCCCGGAAACGACGACCACCACCCCGUCCCAGCGAAGAUCCUUCCGAGCUCUCGAUUGUGGUGCCGGCAUUGGCCGGGUCACUUCCACCGUACUGGCGAGUAGUUGAAACCAUUCCAAGACGUUGACGUCGACCUUUGGGCUGAUCCACCGCCGUUCUUUCCCCCUCUCCUCAUCAGCUCCCUCUCUUUGACCGGGUCGAUCUCGUGGAACCGGUACCCAAAUUCCUCAAGGAAGCGCAGCGUCAUGCCGAACGAGGGAGAGAAGGAUGGAAGUACCUCUCAACGGGAAAGGGGGUACGAAUGUGGCAAGCCGGUUUGCAGUUCUUUGACCCGGCCGCACCGGCGAUUCCGGUACCACCGAUACGAUCCGAAGAUCCUCAAGCCGUCGUUGGCACGGUCGAGUUGGUCGCGACCUACGGCUCCGAAGCCCUCGUUUGGCCCGAUCCGAAGCGCAGGAUGGACACGGAGAGUGGUGGGGCCGAGGAUGGGUACGACCUCUGCAUGAUUCAGUGGUGUAUCGGUCACCUCAGCGACGCCGAGUUGGUCGAGUUCCUCAAGAGGAGUCGCAAGGCGUUGAGGCAGGACGAUCGGGGCUGUCAGGGGUACAUCAUCCUCAAGGAAAACGUGUGCAAGGACACUGAAGGGGCUGGAGCGGGAUUCUUGUUCGAUGAUGAUGACAGCUCGGUCACGAGGUCAGUCGUGCAGGACGGUGUCAGGCCUCGGGGAGGAAUUACGAAGGAACUAGACGGAUGAUGCUGAACGCGCGGUUGUUCUGGUACGACACCCAGGUCCGACAAAGUGUUCAAAAACAUCUUCGCCGAUGCAGGACUCGACGUAUUACGGCAAGAGACGCAACAAGGGUUCCCCAAAGGUGCGUGAUUCGCUACUCGCUCGGUUUUGGCCUACUACAUGGGCCUAACAUCGUUCCUGAUAUCGUGACACAGAAUUAUUCCCCGUCAUUGCCUACGUUUUAAGGUGA